UUAAACAUUGCCUUAAUAGCUUUGUUAGAAUUGUAAACUCUUUUCAUAAUAAUAAUAAAAUGAGUAUGUCAGUCCCAUAUGUCGCUACAGGGAGUUCUGCGUGUCUCGCCCAUAAACCGAAAUAUCUGCCGCUUCCUCCAAUACAAUAUAUACGGAUCAAAUUUGAGUCUAAGACAAAAUUGCCAUGGAAGCUUUUUAUCAACAACAAACCGUACUGCUUAUGGGCUCUACCGGCUUUGUCGGCAAGUUCAUUUUAUUCCAGUUACUGCGGAUGAAAACUCGUAAAGUAUAUCUUCUUAUUCGUAAGAAAAAGAAUAAAACUGCUCAACAGAGAUUCGAAGAUUUGUUUAGCGACUUCCUUUUCACCUCGGACUUAUUAAGACUGAAAAAACGCGUACAGCUGGUCGAGGGCGAUGUUUCUACUGCGUCACAUGGAAUCAAACUACACGACCUUUCAUUGUUACGGAAUGAAGUAACGAUAGUGAUUCAUUCGGCGACAAGCACUCGUUUCGAUCACAGUCUCAGCGCAGCAGUGCGUCGUAACCUGUUAAGCACUUCCGUCAUGUUGAAGUUAUGCAAUACGAUAGUAGGACUUCGAUGUCUUGUGUACGUAUCUACUUCGUAUACAGGAUGUUACCGUCGAUUUAUCGAAGAGCGCGUAGCAACUUCCGAUUGCAAAAAAGCUAUGGACCUAUUGCAGCUGCUGGAAUCAGACCCGGCUUUUUUAGACUCGAGCGAGUUGAACGGCCACCCGAACACGUUCACGUUCUCCAAGUUCCACGCUGAAAGCCUUGUCCAUUACUCUGGUGUACCUCACGCCAUCGUAAGGCACCCUAUCGUUAUUGGGUCCCUACGGGACCCGACGCGAGCAUGGUUGGACAACUUCCACAAUUUUCAUGGUGUUGUUGCCCAGGCUGAUAUGGGAUAUGAAAUCCCAAUCCUCCUAGAUCCCGUAAGCCAGAUAACCCUGAUCCCAGUUGAUAUGGCGGCCAAUAUCGUUAUAGGAGCUGGCUGGAGGUGCGCGGAAAGACAUCGCGCAAACGGUUUAGUAUACAACUGUAUUGAUACCUGCACCACGCCACUGGCCAAAGAGAUGACAACCAGAAUGAUCACAGCACUCGAAAAUCGACCAACGAAGCCGGCAAACUACCGCAAAUUGAACACGACCAACAGUCGUGUAUGGCGAUUCAUCGUACUUGUGCUCUUCUAUAUUCCAGCUUUCAUAACUGAUAUGUGGACAGUCCUCAUAACACGUCACAUCUGCAGCGGACAGCGGAACAUUGAAGCGGUAACGAAACUCCGGAGAGCGCACCUUAAAGCGAGCGUUCUUGACAACUUUCCUUCGGGUGAUUUCAUCUUCGACUACGAAAACGUGCGAUCCCUUACAACUCUUCUUCCUCCUAAAGAGUACAAGAAAUACCCGAUGGACGUCAGUUACAUCGAUUGGGACACUUUUAUGCGAGACAUCGCAUUGAGCGUCGCAAGUUACGUCCAAACAUACAAGCAUGAUGAGGAAACUAGCUAAGGAAGGUCUUCGCUCCGGUUCGGAUGAGCAUCAUUCGUCUGUAGGAGUUGUCAGAUCCCGCGUUAAACGCUCAGUUAAAUAAAGCUGAUAAAAAAUAAAAAAGGUGUGUAUUGUGGAACACUAUUAUUAACAUAAAUGCCUAGAGUGAUUUUUUGACUCGUGCAACGAAAAAAAAUCGUUGUACAUCUCUUCUACUUAACCAUAAACCCUGUUACUUGACUAUUUUUAGCGUCGUUCGUUAGCGGUUGCAUCGUUCGGGUAUUCUGGCUAAAUAUGGCUAAAUAUGAAAAUCACUAGACGUAUUUUACAGCUUUUGAUUGAAGACGUGCGAUUCGUUAGAACAAGUAAAUACAAGCAAGCAUCCUUAUAAUAUUUUUCGUGUUCGUUUGUUUGUUUGUUUGUUUGUUUGUUUGUUCAAACGGUCAAACAGCGUAUAAUUGUAGCCCGUUAUAUUACAUUAUAAAUAAUAUAAAAAUAAGCUUAUCUGAAAGCCUCAGAGUGCGAAAUUCAACAGUCUAUCGAAACGUCAAAGAAUAAUAUGGGAUUGUGAAUUAGCUUGAAAAUUUUCAACUCUACCGUAAAGUGUAAAUAUCUUACCGCCAUGAUUUUUGUCUCUCGAGCCUAACUAUAGUUGCCUUACCAGGACCAGUAUAGCAGAUCCUAUUGUCACGAUCCGACAAUCAACAAACGUAUCCACAUAUAUCGAAUUGUAUAGUUUAGAGAAGGGUUGGGUACAAUAGCUUAGCUUAGCUUAGCUUAGUCGUUCAGGUACAUCGAAUGUGCUAAAAAGUAUUACAAGUAGUGCCAGAGGCAUUAUAUAAUACCGUAGUGGGGACAGCCGUAGGUUCGAAUCCCAGAAGCUGUGUUCUGAUUAGUAUUUGGUGGACGUUUCACAGGUCAGAUUCAUGGUCGGUAUAGCAACCACAAUUUCCAUGGUCUAAUUAAUUGAAUAUGAUGAACGGAUCAGAUUUAGCCUUUGAGCAAAAUUAUUUUAAAAAGCUAUGGUAUGACGAUGUAGCAGGACUAUAAAAAAGAUUCACUUACGCGGCUUAAAAUUAGACAGAUAAAAGACUAGUGUGAAACACAUGGAACUGUUCAAGGUUACUCAUCAAUAACGUGCCUGGAGACGAUUAAACAACAACGAGCUUUAACAAAAUCUAGUUCAGAGAUUUUUCUUCGCGGAACAGUACCGCUUAUUUGGUACACAAAUUGGUAUUUCCUAUCAUUUGAUCUUUGCAGUCUAACCCGUUCUAUGUGAAACUCGUACGUACUUGCGUUUAUACUUUUUUUUCCUAAUUCAUGAUUGUCACUCGUUCGUUGUUCGACUAACAAUUGGCUGACAAAGCGUAUUGCUCUCUAUUUCAUAGACUGUUUUCUGUUAGGAUAAUGCGAACCAACUCGGCGGACUGUGAAAUCGAAGAACCUCUAAACUAUGUGCUCCUAGAAGGCAAGAUUUAACUUUUAAGUACCUUACUCUCAAGAAACUUAUGUUAGUGGAAACCGGUCGAGUUAAUUUCAGGGGAAAUUACAUUCCAGUUUUCCAGAAAAUUUACGCCCAGUGGUCAGUUUUUUGUUCUUCUGAAAAUUGAAGAACCCAUUACGCAGGAAGGCCUUAAGCGAAACGUGUAGACGUUGCAAAAAUGAAAAUUGAAGACCAGCGAAAAGUUGACCAGAUGUUCACGGAAAUAUCAUCAUGGAAAUAGGCCUUCUCUAGAGCUCCUUAGGCCGUUGUUGCGGCAAUCGUCUGGGACACAGUCUGAGUAUUCGACGACAACGCCACACCGCAUCAUCAUGUCUCAAGUACUUUCUAAAUUAAGCAAAGAAAUAUUUAAGGUUAGUUUCAAGCUGCUUAAGUAUAAUUGCUCGGCCCUACAAAUGCAGCUGACGGACAAGUAUACUAUACAUAAUUUAAGGAGAAACCAUAUAAGAACGCCAAUGGCAGGCAUAUGGUUGUUCAAAAGCUACCAGAGCGCUGGCUGGUAUGUGAAAAAAUAAACACAACUACGUUAAACAUAAUGUAAAACGCUAUCAUCCUAGCCCAACUGUGUCCAUUCUAGCCCAACUAGUUCAAUUAUGAAGUUAGCCAGAUUCGGCUGUAAUAACCUGAUAUUACCUCAUUGUCGGCUGCAAGCUAAGUCCAACGGCGCCUCUUCGUGAAUGGUUGCUGUGAGGUCAGGUUGCUUGUCAUGUCCUAGAUACCUUAACAGGUUUACUUACCGUCCCCGAGUUCUCUUUUUACGUGUCGUAUGCCUGGCUUUCUUCCCGCUGGCGUGUUCCAAGUCGACUUCAAAGAAAGCUAUAGUGGCGCCUUUUUCUAUCGGCUGGCUAAAACGCAUAGAACUUGGCAUAAAGAAAAAAUAAGGAUGCCUUGUAGGUAGCCUGUGAAAUGCAAAUGAAUCUUUUGAGAUGAAGAUCUCUUCCUUAGUUCACGCUAGUUCAGCUAUUUAAUGAAGCUUUACGAUACAUCUUUGUUUCAAUAUUUUCUGGACCUAAUAUCGGCAAAACGACGGAUUCUAGCGCAAUAAUCACCACUGUCAGCAAACACCAAGAAAUCAAGUGCAAUCUCCUUAUAUUAUUAAUCUAUUAUGAAAUAUUUUCGAAUGAUCCUUUGCGCUAACAGUUGUUGUAAAAUGAUGGCUCAAAAGAACUGUUUCGUUCUCAAGCACCUCGUAUUCAAGCACCUCCGAGCGUGUUCCCUCUAAGGCUCACGCAAUUGUCCACUGGCACUGAAUUACUAUGACCGUAUUUGAUUAGGGACAAAACGGCAUCGCACGUCCUCAUACACAUAGCGACACCCAUCGAGCUCGAAUGGGCUUCACGAGUUUCUUUUUAUUGACACUGAGGGCGGCAGUGUAACUGUAAGCUCAUUUGCCAAUUUGCAGUUGCCUGGAGACCUGGCCAGAGGGCGUUACUUAUGCCAAGUGAAGAAACAAAGCAAUGAAAUAUUUUUAGUUAACGGCAUCCUUCAGCCGUUUUAGUUUGUCAUAGGUGACUUGCUAAGAUCCAGACGAAAUCCGAGAAACGGAUUUUUGAGUGAUGGGAACUGUACACGAAUCGCUCAAACGAAAUGACCUUCAACAAAGCCGAAUUUACAUCAAUUUGUACAUGCACAAUAAUGCCAAAUUAAUAAACUACAUUCUCGAUUCAUAAUUUAGCGUCCGCAAGAAAGCAUAGGACAACUUGCUGGCCUGCAAGAGUACCGCUUAACAGCAGCAGCAGCGGCAGCAGUAGUUGCUAAGGGGAUAAUAUAAGCUUAAAUAUUCGGUACAAGUGCUGAAACUUCACUGAAAAGGCCG